AUGUCAUUCAUUAUCCGACGACAAGCUUCAACGGUUGCUGCCGCGGCCAAUGCGGCCAAAAGCGUCGGCAAAAGCGCUAGCGGCGGUGGACCCGAAGAUAAAGUGCUGAAGAAGGGUGCAAGGAGGGAUCCCGAGCUCUAUAUCCUUGCCGCUGUCAUGUCGGGCGCCUUCGGUCUCGCUGGCUUCUACUUCGGCCGCAAGCCUACGUCUGCUACCUCGCAAGCCGAAGUCUCCGUGGCCAAUAGCUCUAUGCCUUGGGAAGUCGACCACGACCAUGAAGACCACAACAAGCAUUUCAAAUACCAAUACCAUCCGAAAGGCGACCGCAGCCAGGCCCCAAAGAACGCACCGAGCGCUCUUAACACAGUCGUAGUCCCCAAUGUGACAUUACCGAAGGUAAGAAACCAUAGCCAGCCACACUACAGGCAGUCGUAUUGA